AUGCUUGCCGACCGGCGGAGCAGCAGUGAGGAAAAGGAGUCGUUGACCCCUGCGCAGAACCGGAGGAAGGCACAGAAUAGAGCUGCUCAACGAGCAUUCCGCGAAAGAAAGGAGCGUCAUGUCAGAGAACUCGAAGAAAAAGUCGCGAGUCUCGAACAAGCUUCGAAGACGUUGCAGGCUGAUAACGAGCGUCUGAAGCAAGAGCUCACCCGAUUCGCAACGGAGAAUGAAAUCCUCCGCGCUACCUCGAAGGCGGCUGCCCAAUCCAACCAUAAUGACCAUGCUCGAAGCCCUCUUGAGGAACCUGUACCUGGGCCGAUGGAAUAUUCCCCAACAGACUUCUUCUCCCUUAUCGCACCUGAGGGCGGACUGAACCCUCCGCACCGCGUUACCUUUGAUGAGACAACGGGCGAGAAGCUCCUCAGUGCCGCUGCCACGUGGGAUCUGAUACAAAGUCACGAGCUGUUUAAGCGCGGCCUCGUAGAUAUCGGGGAUAUUUCUGAGCGGUUAAAGGGGUUGGCACAGUGUAAUGGGCAGGGGCCUGCGUUUAAGGAAAGCCAGGUACGGCAGGCCAUUCAGGCGAGUGUCGCUGGGGGGAGCGAUGAGUUGAUUUAA